GCUCUAUAAGCAGUUCUGUCAGUGUGUUGGUCUGUGUAUGGGUGUGUAGGGAGACAGCAGGGAAGGCAACACCUUGGUGCCAAAUGAAAACAAUCAGAGAUUUAUUAAGGGAGGUUCAAGGUUUAAAAAGUGACAAAGCUUUGGACUCACUGAGAGAGGAAGCCUGUACAGAAGAAUGGAAGAAAACAGCAGGUAGAUUAUCACAAACGUCUGAUUUCACGUGGACGUUUGUUCAUCUGAAACACGGCUGUCUUUGAAUCAGGUCCAAAGUUUUGUGUUGUACGAGCCAUGGCUGACCCUGCCUGGUGGAAACUGACCUUCUUGAGAAAGAAGUCAUCCGAGUCCAAGGUCCUUUAUGAAAUUCCAGCAGAGUAUGGAAGCAACACUGGCAAUAAAGAGCUGUCCAGCCCUCCUCAAAGCACAGAUAGUGCUGGCAGUCAGCUAAACGCCAAGCUGGAGAAGAUUGUGGACAGGUCUGCCGCAAAAAGCCGUCAUGUCAAAGUCUCUCACUCUGGCCGUUUCAAAGAGAAAAAGAAGGUUCGAUCCACUUUGACUGAAAAUUCCAGUGUUUUCAGCGAACACAAAAGGACUGACGAGAACAUUGUGGUUGAGAAAUAGCAAACAUUUUUAUAAAGGAGAUGCUUUUUAUCGAUACACAAUAAACCCACCCACUCACACACCCACAACUGCACACAUAUUUGUUUUUUAAUUAGUGAAUUCAAAUCAGUAUAGACAUAAUGGCUGAAUAGAUGAACCUUGUUCAUCUUAUCUAGUCAUAAAAUGUGCUUACUUACUCCAGGUAUUCUAGAGAAAAAAAACAUCUUUUAUUUUAUGGGGAAUCUUUUACAAUCACUAUUUAAGAAGUCUUCUGAAGAGGUGUACUGAUAUAAUGAAAUUUUAAGCAUGGGAUAUUUGCUCAGUGUACAGAGGCAAAUGGGAACAGAACUCGUUUAGACUUGAGUUUGUAUUUUGUAAUAUUGCUUAAAUGUUUUAUGUGCGUUUUAUCAUGCUGAUAAUUGUGUACUGGUUGUCUGAUUGUACUGGAUGUUUAAGCAAAGACAGCAGUAUAGCCAUUUGCACUGUUUUACAAUUACAAUGGGCAUGUAUUGUACACGUGUUCAAAUGCAACAGAUCUACUUUGGUGCUGCUGUGCCUACUGUAAUUUAAUGACUGACAAAAGAAUAAAAUCAUCAACAUACUGUUAUAACUGUAAAAUAAAGCUCAUAGAGUCUAA